AUGCCCAUGGAUGAACUAGAUGAAGCUAACACAAGCCCCUAUGAGGAACCCGCCCUAUACCUCCCCCCCUACAGGGAGGAGAGGUCCUCCCCCACCACCCUAUUGAGCCAGCUGGCCGAGGACGAAUCCCAGAAAAUGGACAAAACCCCAAUCCUACCAACCCCCCAUCGACCAUCGACCAGAAGACCUAACCCAAAAUGCAGGGACCCUCACACCACCGGCCCGUCACACACCAAUUCCACACCCAUGAACCUCACCCAGCACCCACCAACCAAGAGCCGUUACUACCCAAGAGUACAUAUUAGAACUCCACGGAAAAUAAAAAACUGA